AGAAUAUAAAGUGGUAGCCACAAGUCCUCUGGGUGAAGCUAUGACCUUUGGAACACUUGUGGUGAACUCAUAUCAAGGUGCCGUGGCUGGUUCAGAGAGCUUGCAGACCCCCGCCCUGAAGCUUGAGCAAGAAGCCAAGUUUGAUAACACCUUCCCCCCUACGUGGGUGAAAGAGGGUAACAGCCUCACCCUGCAAUGCACUUUCGCCUCAGCUCUGCUGCCUUUCCAGCAGGAAGUCAGCUGGUUCAGAGAUGGCAUCCAGCUGUGUCAGUCGAGCACUGUGGACAUUAAGACAGUUGACAACAAUGCCUCCAUCACUUUAAGGGCUGCACACAAGGAGCAUGAAGGAGUUUACACUGCCCGACUAAGGACAUGGGAUGAAAUCCAGGAACACAGUGCUUUUGUUUAUGUCAAAGAUGCAUCAGCUGCAUUGCUGGGAGGCCCCGCCUCUCCUCUGGCCGUCCAGGUAUCUGACGUCAACAAGGACUAUGUCUUCCUUACCUGGCAGCCACCCAGUGCUGAUGGAGCCUCCCCUGUUGAGGGUUAUUACGUGGAAAGAUAUGAUGUCGGCCAGGGAGAGUGGGUGCGCUGCAAUGUGCAUAUUCAGAAAAUGUGCCACUACCCGGUGUUCGGGCUAAAGGAAGGAACUCUGUACCAGUUCAGAGUUCGUGCUGUUAACCGGGCUGGAGCAGGACGCCCCUCUAAGGCUACCGAGCCCGUUCUCACUACAGACCCCCUGGAACACACCAGGACCAUGGUGGUCAAAGUGGACAGAGGAAGGAUGAUCACCAUUACAAAAGAUGAAGUUGAAGGUCAGGUCAAAGCUCCUUUCCCUCCCACAAAUGUCCAUGCCUGCGAGGUGAGCGACACCUACGUGGUGCUGAGCUGGACCGAACCUGAUCCAAGAGGCAGGGAGCCGCUAACCUUCUACGUGGAGCGGUCCCUGGCAGGGAAGAGCAGCUGGGAACUGGCCAGUCUGGACAUGGUGGUAAACUCUCCCAGGUUUCCAGUGUUUGACCUGGUCAAGGACAAGCAGUACUGCUUCAGAGUGCGCUCCAUCAAUAAGUAUGGUGUCAGUGACCCCUCUGAGCCAAGUGAACUGAUCUCGUUGGGAAAGCCACAAGGUGCACCAGCUCCACCUCACUCUGUCAUGGCCAUCAGAGACACAGACACCUCAGUGCUGCUCCAGUGGCAGGAGCCCAAAGAUAAAGACAAUAUCCUGGGCUACUACCUGUACUACAGUGAGACUGGCAAACAAGACUGGAAGACUGUCAACAACAAGCCUGUUACCAAACCCAGAUUUACAGUGGAUGGCCUUAAAACCCGAGGGGAAUAUGUGUUCAGGGUGAAGUCUGUAAGCCGAGCAGGAAACAGCGACUACUCAAAUGAGUCUUACCCCAUCCUCGUCAAAUCAGCAAUUUAUGUUCCUUCUGCUCCCUCUGACAUCGCUCUGCUGCUGUGCACUGGAUCAGACAUGGUGUUGGGCUGGAGGGCCCCCACAUGUAACGGGGGGGACUCUGUGCGCGGAUACUACCUGGACCAGAGGGAAAGGGGCAUGGAAACAUGGAGGGAGGUCAACGUGAAGCCUGCCAAAGAGAGGCAGUUUAAGGUUUGCAGCUUGACUAGCAGACAUUUCUACCAAUUUCGAGUGUUUGCUGCCAAUGUGGCUGGUGUUGGGAAGCCCUCUAAGCCCAGUGAAGCUUUCCUUUGUGAGAUGUGGACAAUGCCAGAGCCAGGUUGUCCCUAUGACCUGGAGUUGCGGGAGGUGAGAAACAGCUCCCUGGUGCUGCUGUGGGCAGCACCGUUAUAUGAAGGAAGGAGCGCUGUCACUGGAUAUUUGCUGGAAAUCAGCCAGGGUGACCAAUCAGACAACUGGAUUGCUUUGAAUAAAAAAACAGUGUCUGACACACAUUACAAGGUGUCAGGGCUUCAGGUGGGUCAGACCUACCGUCUCCGUGUGUUGGCUGUCAAUGAGGCUGGAGUAGGGUGUGCUUCCCUGCCCACUGAGCCAGUCACAGCUCAGACCAGACAAGGCACCAAAGACAUUGAGAUUGGAGUGGACGAUGAUGGUUUCAUAUUCCUGGGCUACAGGCCUGACGAGGUGAGCGACGACAGCGAAUUCCUCUGGAGAAAAGACUACGCAGAGCCCAUAGACGCCGGGAGAGCUCGGGCAGAAACCAAGAAGAAAGGGUCAGCCCUCACCUUCACAGACCCGUCUGAGGAGGACCUCGGUCUCUACACAGUGGAGAUGAGUGACAACCCAAACUUGUCGUCCAGCUAUGACUUCACUGCUGAAGACCUUGAACGACUCAAAGAACUCAGCUGGCAAGUCAGAAAUCCACUAAUAGCUCUGAAGUCGGGCUGGCAGGUGGAGGUUUCUGAGAAAGGUGACGUACGUCUUUGGCUUCAGACAGAGAGUCUGAGUAACGCUGCUGAGCUUCGUCUCAUCUUCAAUGACAGAGAAAUUUCCAGCACUCCGCACCGUAAGAUCAACUUCAACAAGGCCAAAGGUCUGGUGGAGAUACUCUUUGAUCAGCUCUCUCAGGAGGACGAGGGCUCGUACACGGCUCAGAUGCGGGACGGUCGCGCCAAAAACCAGUUUACUCUGGUCUUUGUGGAUAAAAAGUUUCGUCAGACACUGGCCUUGGCUGAUGCAAAUCGUCGUGACCAUGAGAGAAAGUCCGGACCCUAUUUCCAGGAAUUCUUGUCGUGGAGUGUAAAUGAAGAUUGUGAACUGAUUAUAAAGUGCAAGGUGACAAAUACAAACAAGGACACAUCUCUCAAGUGGUUUAAAGACGGCGUGAUGACCCAAGUUGUGUAUGACCAGUCAUCAGGGGUCAGCACACUCACCAUCCCUCAGGUUACAAAGAAAGAAGCAGGCUCAUACAAAGCUGUGGUGUCAGAUGGGAGGGGAGAGGAUGUCAGCACCUUGGAGUUAAUGGAUGAUGAGUAUGACAAGCUUCUCCAGCAGCUGAGUAAACAAUGUGCAUUGUCUGCCAGCCCACUGAGGAUUCAGAGCACUGCUGAAGGUUUAAAGAUCUACUGCUCACUUAAACACUAUACAAACUACCUGAAGACCAGCUGGUACUUCAAGGAGAAGAGGAUUGACCUGGAAGCCAGGACCAAGGCUGGGAGCAGUAUGCAGAAUGUCUGGCUUGAAAUCUUUAACCCAACAGAUGAUAAAGGCAAAUACACCUUGGAGAUGUUCGAUGGUGAAGAGACACACAAGCGGUAUCUUGACCUGUCUGGACAAGCCUUUGCUGAUGCAAUGCUGGAGUACCAGAGGUUGAAGCAAGUGGCCAUUGCUGAGAAAAAUCGGGCCAAAGUGACAAAGGGUCUUCCUGAUGUUGUAGCCAUCAUGGAGGGAAAGUCUUUGUGUCUGACAUGCUUCAUCGACGGUGAACCAGCCCCGGAGAUCUUUUGGCUUAGGAACGACAGGGAGAUUGUUAACCAGACCCAAUUUACCAUCGCCAACACGCCCAAAUGCAGCACCAUCACUGUCAAUGGCGUCAACAUGGAAGAUUCUGGAAAAUACAGCAUCUUUGUGCGCAACCAGUAUGGCUCUGAAACAGUUGAUGUGACCGUGAGCGUUUACAAGCAUGGGCAGAAGCCUCCGGCAAAUGCUGUAGAGAUGGGUUAAGAUUGCAAACUGAGUCAGAAAUUAAUUUACUGCAGGGUUUUUGUGCUUCAGAUUGAGAUUUCUUACCGAAGAUAGAUGGACUGAUAGAUGACAUUCACUCUCUACUUGCAAUCUAAAUUAUA